AGAACAAAGAUGUGCUCGUAAUUCCUACACGUAGUGGACCAUUCCUUUCCGAAAGACGGGCGCUAUAUUUUAAAACAACCAUUUGUCGGUUUUCGGUGCACAAAGACCGAGAUUCGUCGAGUAUUUAGGUGCACAGCCGGGAGAGGGGCAGCCGAAUAGGGGGAGCGGCCUACGGCGCAGGACUGACCAGGAGUCCGCGGAUGUGAUGUUUUAGGCCUUUGCCAUUUUUGAAAACGAUACUAUUUUCCUUUUUUUUUUAGACCUCUCACGGUUUGAUUCACGGUCCUCACCGACAAAGUUUUACGGCAAUGUGUAAAAGUUGAAGAGGACUGAGGGCACAAGAAGACAAACAGUCCGCACUACUGUUACAGUAGUGUUUGGGGCCAAUCAGAGUCUCUCGAGACAUAUUAUAUUUUUCUUUGUAGUUGUGGUCCUUUGAGCUGGCAAAAUAAGUUCCUCUGUGCCACCCCACCUCUCCCACCGCGGCCAGUCCAACAAUCCUUUCCCCCUGGAUUCCCACGGUAAGAGGUCCCACUACGCUGCAAAGCUGAAUCCCUACACGAGAGCGCGCAUGACAGAGGCAUGGCAGCAGCAUGCUGUUGCCCCGCCCCCAGUGGUGCACACUAUACCACCGGGGGCGGAAAAUGCCCUCGGAUGCGCCGUCUACGGCAUCGUCCUCCAGCCGGAUCCUGCCCUGCAGCAGCAACAGCAGCCGCAGCAGCAGCAGCCGCAGCAUCAGCACGGACAGCAGCACGGGCAGCAGCAGCAUCCUGCGCAAGCCCAGCAGCCUUCACUGCAGGUGGGCAGCGAGGGUGGGCACAAGUGCGGGGCAUGCGGGCACGACAUCUCUCAUCUGGCCAAUCCGCACGAGCAUCAGUGCAUGGUGAGCCAAGAUCGAUCCUUCCAGUGCACCCAGUGUCUGAAGAUCUUCCACCAGGCCACAGACCUGCUGGAGCACCAGUGUGUUCAGGUGGAGCAGAAGCCUUUUGUGUGUGGGGUGUGCAAGAUGGGCUUCUCCUUGCUCACGUCCUUGGCACAGCAUCACAAUGCUCAUAACAGCAGCAACCCCAUGAAGUGUUCCAUCUGCGAGAAGACCUACCGGCCAGGAUCUUCGGGUAACGCCACGCCUACGUCCUCCUCCAAUCCCCAACAGCCUUCCAACGAGGGGCCUACGUUCGUGCCCUCAGUACCCGACCGGCCGUACAAGUGCUCGGUCUGCUCGAAAGGUUUCCGUCACCUGUCAGAGCUGUCGCGUCACGAGCGAGUACACACAGGCGAAAAACCCUUCAAGUGCGAGACUUGUGACAAGAGCUUCAGCCAGUCUUCCCAUUUGGCCCACCAUCAACGCACUCACAGCUCCGAGAGACCGUACAAGUGCGCCGUGUGUGAGAAGAGCUUCAAGCACCGCUCGCAUUUGGUACGUCACAUGUACGCCCACUCGGGAGAGCACCUGUUCAAGUGCAACCUGUGCGAGCUUCACUUCAAGGAGUCGUCCGAGCUGCUCCACCAUCAGUGCCAGCCGCAGGGCGCCCGUCCCUUUCGCUGCGCCACUUGCGGGAAGGGCUUCAAGCGCCCCUCUGACCUGCGGCAGCACGAGCGCACUCACUCAGAGGAGAGGCCCUACCACUGCGAGGACUGUCAGAUGAGCUUCAAGCAGCAGUACGCUUUGGAGCGUCACCGUCGCACCCACAACGCGUCCGCCGACCGCCCGUUCAAGUGUAACCUGUGCGACAAGGGUUUCCUUCAGCCGUCCCACCUGCUUUAUCAUCAGCAUGUACACGGCAUGGACAACCUGUUCAAGUGCGCCUCCUGCGGGAAAGGCUUCAGCCAGUCCGGAGAGCUGCUCCGCCACAAGUGCGGAGAAGCUUCGACGAGCUCCACCAAUCCCGACAAGCCCUACAAGUGUGACGUUUGCGGCAAAGCCUACAAGAAGGCCACCACGUUGCAGCGGCACCAGAAUUCCCACUGCGCCGAGAAGCCUCUGAAGUGCUCGCUAUGCGACCGACGCUUCCUGUCCUCCUCAGAGUUCGUGCAGCAUCGCUGCGACCCCUCCCGCGAGAAACCUCUCAAGUGUCCCGACUGCGAGAAACGCUUCAAGUACUCUUCGGAUCUUCAGCGUCACAGACGCGUCCACACCGGUGAGAAGCCCUUCAAGUGCUCCAGCUGCGACAAGGGCUUCAAGCAGCGGGAGCAUCUGGCCAAGCACCAAAGUGUACAUGCCCGGGAUGCUCAGUUCAAGUGCGUGUGGUGCGGAGAGCGUUUCGGAGACCUGGGGGCGUUGCAGGAGCACACGGUCCAACACACAGCUGAGGGAGGGGCGUACUCUGUGCCGCCUUUGAUUCAUUGAGAGUUCUGUCUCCCCCUGUUUUGAUUCCAGGUCAAAGCAUAAUUAACCAAUAUUAUUGCCCUUCAUUUAGUUUACUCCACCUUACCCAACCCCAUCAAACUUGGUUAGUAACAAGCAAACCUCAACGUCAAGAAGAGAAAGAAAAAGUACAGAAAACCCCAUAAUGUGGUAUCAUCACUAAAGAUGUGAUUUCACCUCAAAGAAAAGUUGGACAUUUUUCUCAGAUACUGUCAAAGUGUAACAUCCGUAGGAUGUAUCAAACUCCACUUUUCAGUUUUUAUUCUAAAAACUGUAAGGAUGGAGGAGCUGAAGAAUAGGCAGCAUAUUACUCCAUUUUAAUGAAAAUUUUCCCCAAAUGGAAAAGAGUGAAAAAGAAAAAAAAAAUUAAGAAAUAUAACACCACAUAAGCCUACCCCAGUCCCAUUGCCCAGUUUUGUGUUAAGACUUGUUUUCUUUCAGAUUCAUAAAGGAUGAGGGAAGGGAUUCAGCCUCUCCUCUUUUGGAUACCCGUUAGACUGUUCUUGGGGGAGGGCAUUUGUCAUCUUUUCUGUGACUGAAAGCGGUUACCUUUCUAGCAAUGCGUUUUUUCCUCCAUCUGAAAAAAUAUUUUUAAAAAAUGUAAAAAGAAAAAAAAAAAAAAGGCCUCCACUAACUCCCCAGUUAUGUUUCACAGCGCCUUUCAUGAAUGCCUGGUUAAAGGCAUCUCAGCUUGUAUUAUCAGUUAUACUGUUACUGUCCUGGUAGGCAACUGUGUUUUUGGAUUAUGAUACUUGAUAGGGUCUGGUAAUAGGCUAUAGAGUACCCGUUAUCUGUCUAUGAAGUUUUAUGCCCAAAAAAAAGUAAAACAAUUAGUUGUUAAAAUCAGGAUACGUAGGGCAGUGUUAAACCCCUUAACCAUGUUCCAUUAUGAGGAGAAGGAGGAUUGUGUCAACAUAGUAGGAGUGGAAGGAUACUGUAUGUUCACUGUAACACUUCCUGCAGCCUAAUGCCAGAUUUUUGUUUGUUUUAUUUUGUUUUUUGGUCAAACCCUGCAGCUCAUAAGAAAAGGUGAUAGAGAUAAGGAGAAGGGGCACAACGUGGUGAUAUCAUGAACUAAUAAAAAUGUGUGUGUGUGUGUUUUGUUGAUGUAUGUGUGCCCUACAUUGUGGCAACUAUGGAAUUUACCACACCUCAAAGGGACAGAUUGUUAACCAGCCGAAGUAUGGUGACCAUAAUGGUCUCUGCAUUUCACUGCGAUAUACAUAAUUAUAUAGAGACUAUA